GACUCAACUACCGUAGGUACCAUUGUUAUACUAAUAAAGCAUGCAUGUAAGUUCAAAGUAAUGUAGUACCUGUCCAAAAGUACCUGUACCAAUCCAAAUUAGUAUUAUUACUAUGAUUAAAAUUUCUUAAAAUCUACUAUGAUUUAUCCAAAUUAGUAUCAUAAUGUAAUGUAAAUGAGCCUGUAAAUGUGGUAAUAUGCUUUAAAGUAUUGUUUAACUAUAAUUGUUAUAUAUUACUGUGUUAUUCAAGUAUUUUUGUUAAAUUGUAAUUAUUCUAGUGAUGUCUGAAUUCAAUUUUCAGUUAUGCAGUAGUAUUAUAAUAUUAUUGAUUGUUUGAUAAACCACAUAUAGUGGAGACAUUAAUAAGAGACAUAAAGAGUGAAAUAAUGCUCUCUCAUGAACCGACUUUUUACUUUAGUGUUUUAUUUCUAUUGGAUGUUAAUCCGAUUGUCAUCAUUCGAAUUUAUAAGUCAAAAUCCCUCUAAGAUACCUGAAAUUGAGUACAUAUCAAAUUUGAUACAUUUAAAUGCUCUAUGAGCUCAAAAUCAGUAUUUAAUCAAUAAUUGAGAAUAUAUGAGGCGGAAAAGACAAGUCAAAUGAAAACUCCACUCUUUUGUUUAUCGUCAGUAUUUUCAAUGUCAUGGGUAUUAUUAUUAUUAUUAUUAAAUUAUUGAUUCAAUGAUACAAAAUUAUUAUGUAAAAUAAUUUGGGGAGGAUGAACAGGCACAGCCCAAAACUGUUUCUCCCCCGAAUUUUGAUUCAUUAAAUAGUCCAGAAAAUAGGUUAUGUUUUCUUCACUUUAUAACAUUUUGUCUAAUUCUCUCACCAGACACUUAUAGACUACCAUGUGUUGGUAUUUUACAUGUUUUUAUUGCAACUUUCACGUGUGACUCAAAUAAACAGUAUUAUUAACCUAAAAGUUUUUGGAAUUAAAAACAUUUGAAUAAGAAAAGCAAUGAAAUACAGAAAAAACUUAUUCAAUGCGAUGAUCAUGGAAGCUGACCAAUUGAUAAAGGUUAUGGAUAAUGUGAAAGUCUUGAAGAGUCUGGAACUUUGCAAACUUCCCAAAGUCUUGAAUGGCAAAAAGGUGACAAUAAUCAGUGAGAAUGAUGCUAAAAACUGUGUGCCCCAAGUUGCUCUGUGGUCCGUGACACAGAGUUUGGGUGGAGAAAUAAUGCCUAUCACGUUUGACUGGCAUAACUUGACGUCUAAAAAGGAUUUUGGCAAAAUGAUAUCUCGUUGCUACGACCUGGUGCUCGUGGAAACAAAGCAUUGCAGAGACAUAAUAACGUUCAGUGAGGGCUGUGAGAUCCCAGUGGUGUACUGUGGUUGCGGGAUGUACCAACCGCUAGAGGGACUUGCGAACAUCCUCACGAUUGGCGAGCAUUUUGGCAGACUGAGCCACUUGAAGUUCGGAUGGGUGGGGCCUGGCUGCUCGGCCCUCAACACUUACAUGAUGAUGCUACCCAGAUUCGGCAUUCCCAUCAGUUACAACUGUACCUCGAAUCCGAAUUUCCCUGUCCAACCGAUUUGCUAUGAUAAAAGCUACACUCUAUCCAGGAUGCAUUCUACCAACUUGAAUAACUGUAAAACUGCCAAAGAAGCCAUAAAAAAUUCCGAUAUAAUCGCUACUACUGUUCACAAUAUUCAGUGUCAACAAAUUACUACAGAGGUAAGAUCUGUGAACUAGAAGGUAAGUAUAAUAACCAGUAGAUAUAGUAGAAGUAAAUCAUAGCAAAAACUGGAAAUGAAGAUCACAAAAACGUUGAAACAUAGAAAAACUUAUUGAAGAACCUUCUAUAGACAUAGGGAAAGAUCAAGUAUUAAUGGAAAUGAAGAAGCAAUCAUACUCUUAUGAAAUUGAGAAAUUUAAAUUAAUUUUUCAUUUUUAGGUAUUCUUUAUUUAUUUAUUCUUAUGUCUUUUAUCGGCAGAGAGAUCCUUUUGGAUGUUCUGCCUUGCCAUAUUACCCA